AGUAACCUAAGCAUCAUCGUGCCGAAGGAAGCUUGGUCUACUAAAAACCAAUUAUCACGCUCACUCGCACGGAUGUGAAGUUGUGGUGUUGGUGGUGAUGGUGAUGGUAGUCCUUUGCCUCAAGGAUGCAAUGCUCCUUGCUGGCUGAAUGUUUACACGGUACUCAUUGAUUUCCGGAAGGUACCCGAAGCCGAAAGUGCGCCACUUCAGCUAGUAGUAAGUGAGCAUUAAAUUUAUGUAAAAUGGCAUGAUGAGAUACGUCAAGCGACGAUCGUUCAAAUGGCGGUGAAGGGGCAGGAGAGCAAGGCGGGCGAUGGUGAAAUGAGAUGAAAAUAUUUGAGGGCACUGGAUGGCGGUUGUUUGGCAAGUUUUGAAGCAUGAUGUUUCAUGCUCUUAAAGAGCAGAUAAAGGAAAUGGUGCGUGGAAAAUUAUUGCAGUACCUGCAGACGACAAACAAACUACUUAAGCUGUGCUCAAGCGUCAAAGGAAAUGGAACGAAACUGAAACACAUGUCACCAUUUCAAGGGGAGAGUUGGCCCGAAAGUGAUCUAAAUAACGGCCCUGGAAGGAGAAAUACCAUUCAACAAGUAUCAUCUCCCAUUAGAAGGAGCAUAUCGAAGUUGGAGAACGGCAUGAGCAUGCGCAUGCUUCGGCUGUGCUCGGUCGACACAUCGGGCUUACAGCGUUUACUUCCGAAGGAGAAUUGGAUCUAAAUUCUUGGCAAUGGUAGGUCAGUCUGUUGGGUUUCGUAGCUACAAGCAGUUGUACUCAGACACGGAAAGAGGCUCUAUAAUGCACGAAGUAGCAAUACACGUAGUUGUGUUGCUUGUUUAAUGAUUCAUUGGAAUGUUGGCUUCCUUUGACUGUAUGUUAUAUUAAAUACAAUAUCUUCGGCCAUCUUGAGCUAUCAA